AUGUCAGAAAUCAAGAAAGUAUCCACGGCCAAUGCCUGCCCUCCUGCGGGACCCUACUCCCAGGCCAUCAUCGCCGGCCCCAGCAUCUUCGUCUCUGGCCAGAUCCCUGCAGACACAAAGGGCAACCUGAUCGAAGGCAGCAUCGCAGAUAAGACCAAGGCAUGCUGUGAGAACAUCAAAGGCAUUCUCACCGAGGCGGGUGUCGGUCUGGACCGCGUCGUCAAGGUCAACGUCUUCCUCGACGACAUGGCCCACUUUGCCGAAAUGAACGGCGUCUUCGAACAGUACUUUUCGCACAAGCCUGCGCGCAGCUGCGUCGCGGUUAAGCAGCUGCCAAAGGGUGUUCCCGUUGAGAUUGAGUGCAUUGCUUAUAACGGUACGAGCGCGAAGUUGUAG